AUGGCACCCCGUGUUUUCCUUAUUACCGGAUGCUCUACUGGCUUUGGCGAAGAAUUCGUCAAGGUUGUUUUGCAGAAAGGCGACUACGUCGUCGCAACUGCACGCAACUCUUCCAAGAUAUCCUUCGAUGGUGCCAAUGAUUCCAACAGUCUGCUCGUGGAUCUUGAUGUAACGAAGAGAGAAUCUAUCGACAAGGCCUUUGAUGCGGCUAUCAAAAAAUUCGGGAAAGUUGAUGUGGUUUGCAACAAUGCCGGGUACGGUCUCAACGGACCUUUCGAGACGUUGUCGGAAAACCAGAUCAGACAGCAAAUGGAGAUCAACUUCUUCGGUCUAAUCGAUGUGACAAGGAAGGCCAUGGAGACUAUGCGCGACUUGAAGACCGGAGGUGUAAUUCAGCAGGUAACCUCUAUUGGCGGUCAGAUUGGUGUCCCUAACUUCUCUAUCUACUGCGCCAGCAAAUGGGCAGUCGAAGGAUUCACAGAGGCCAUCUCCAAGGAAGUGAAGCCUGAAUGGGGGAUCAAGUUCACUUGCAUUGAACCCGGUGGCUUCCGCACCGACUGGUCAGGUCGCAGUAUGGACUUUGGCGAGAUAUUGAACCCGGCAUACGCAGACGUCGAUCCAAAGAAGCAGGCUCAAGGGCGCCAUGGCUCACAAGCAGGAGAUCCCGCUAAGGGCGCCAAGGUCUUCUACGACUUAGCAGUCAUGGAUGAUCCGCCUAUGCGAUGCGUAGUUGGCACCGACGCGUAUAGCCUCAUCAACAAGAAGCUGGAUACAUACAACGACAGCGUCAAGAAAUUUGAGAAAUGGAGUAACAGCACCGACGUCGAAGGCUACAAAGCACCCAACUAG